AUGCUGCUCCUCAGCCCGCUUGUCCGGGGAUCUUACCUGCUGCUUUUCUUCUGCUUUGCUUUGUCUCAGACUGCGUACGCUGACAAUGUCUUCUCACUUUCAGCAGAUCUCCCUUGUUUGGAACAGAAGAAGGAGCACUGCAGGGCGUGCUGCCUCCUUGGCCCUCCUCCACCGCCCCUGUUCCCACCUCCAUACUUCAGGCACAGCUGGAGCACUAAGCUGGAUAUGGAAGAGUUGUGUCAUGAGCUCCAGAUAAUACAGGCUUCCUCUCUGUCUGAAUUGCACUGCUCUGCAGGGCCUCCUGGCCCCCAGGGUCCACAAGGAAUUCCUGGUAUAAUGGGACCAAAAGGGGAGAAGGGGGAGAUUGGCAGACCUGGAAGAAAGGGCAGACCAGGUCCCCCGGGCGUCCCUGGGAUGCCAGGACCAGUAGGAUGGCCUGGACCUAUGGGACAGAAGGGUGAAAAGGGAGAAUUGGGUGUGAUGGGAUUGCCAGGUACAAGAGGACCAAUGGGCUCCAAGGGUUUUCCUGGAACUAGAGGAGAAAAGGGAUCCAGAGGUGACAGAGGCGACAAAGGAGUCAAAGGAGACCCGGGAGAAAUAGGCUUCCCCGGAAUGCUGGGACAAAAAGGGGAGAUGGGCCCCAAGGGACAGUCUGGAGUACCAGGACACAGAGGACCUAUAGGAAGACCUGGAAAACGAGGCAAACAGGGACUGAAGGGAGACAUUGGACCGGCAGGUGUCAUGGGCCCACCCGGUAGGCCUGGCCCUGUUGGCCAGCCGGGCCCCCCUGGACCGUCAGGACUAGGGCAAUUUGCAAUAGGACCAAAGGGAGAAAGAGGACUUCCAGGGCCUCCAGGGAGAUGUCUCUGCAGAACCCCACAGCAUAUGAGUAACCCAUCAUAUGAGCAAUCUGUGUUUGGACACAGCUACCCAAAAGUUCCCGCGAUUUUUGUGGUGAAUAAUCAAGAAGAAUUGGACCGGUUAAACACCGAAAACGCUUUAGCUUUUAGAAGAGAUCAGAGAUCUUUGUAUUUCAAGGAUACCUUUGGAUGGCUCCCAGUCCAGCUCACCCCUUUGUACCCUGUGGAUUACCGCUUCGAGGAGCGGGGUACCUGUGGAGAUGGCAUCGUGCAGGAUGGGGAGGAGUGCGACGACGGCAACGCAGUUGUGACUGAUGACUGCAUAAGGUGUCGCCGUGCUUACUGCGGAGAUGGCUACAAGCACGAGGGGGUGGAAGACUGUGAUGGGAUGGAUUUUGGAUACUUGACAUGUAGAACAUACCUUCCUGGGUCUUACGGGAAAUUGCGCUGCACUUCUUACUGCUACAUUGACUCCACACAGUGUCGAUACUUCACAUGA